UUACAAAACGGUUACAACGCUGCGCCUCAUCCCUCCUCCUCCGCAUUGUUCUUCGGUUUUUAUAAUUUGUGAAAUCCAAUCUUGUGUGAAACCAUGUCUACCGGUGAAGUUGCUUGCGCCUACGCCGCCAUGAUUCUUCAUGACGAGGGCAUCCCAAUCACUGCUGAGAAGAUUGCUACUUUGAUCAAAUCUGCAAAUGUUAACGUGGAAGCAUACUGGCCCAACCUCUUUGCCAAUCUUGCGGAGCAGAAGGAUCUUGGUGGCCUUACAAUGAAUGUUGGAUGUGGUGGUGGUGGUGCAGCUCCGGUAGCUAUGGCUGCUCCGGCUGCCGCCGCCACUGCUGCUCCUCCUGCAGCCGAGGAGAAGAAGGAUGAGCCAGAGGAAGAAAGUGAUGAUGACCUGGGUAUCAGCUUGUUCGAUGACUAGAAAAUAAACAUGGAUGCUCAUACUUGUUGUCUUCUUGGUUUCAGCCAAUUUUAGGACCAAUUGAUGUUCAAUUACUGCUCUAAAAGUUUACAACUUUACCUACUCUGUAGUACAUCUAUCUCAUUUAACUUGUUGAAUAAUACGAAGUCUUUCUACCCAUCUUUAAUUA